AUGGCAAGUGUCGAAGGAUUGCGACGUAUGUCCUCUAUCGAGGAACAGUUACCUGCGGGUGGCCGGCUCCUCAGUCCGGUGGAUGAGAAGACCGAGGAAACGGACAGCUCGAGCGAGACUGUUCUGGAGGACGAGCGGGACAUCGCCACCCAUGUCAUUUCAGUGGAGGAUGACCCGUCGCUUAACCCCUGGACUUUUCGGUCUUUCUUCAUCGGCCUCGGACUCUCGUGCUUCGGUGGCGUCCUUGCGGAGAUCUAUUACUUCAAACCGCAAACGGUGCUGGUGUCCCUCAUGUUCUUGGCUAUAAUAUCAUAUGUUCUAGGUAUAGCUAUGGAGACAUUCAUUCCUACUCGCGGCUGGUUCAGAUACCUCAACCCUGGACCGUUCAAUAAAAAGGAGAAUGCCUUCAUUGUGAUCAUGUCCAGCGCCGCAGCCAACUCUGCCCUUGGUACCGAGGUCCUGGCAGUGCAGCGGCUAUACUACAACAUUACUCCCAAUGCUGCGGCGUCGAUUUUCCUGCUUUUCUCGAGCCAGUUAAUAGGCUACGGGAUUGCGGGCCUAAUGAGGCGCAUUCUCUUGUAUCCCUCGAAGAUGCUGUACCCCGGUACAUUACCCCUCGUGGCCAUGUUCGACGCGUGGUACGAGAAGGGCGCCGCGAAUCGGAAGAAACUCAAGCUAUUCACUAUCGCAUUCUUCGUGAUAUUCUUCUGGGAACUUGUGCCAGAAUGGAUUUUCCCGCUGCUCACUGGCUUCUCCAUUUUCUGUCUCGCGGACCAGAAUAACGCAGACUUCACACGCAUCUUCGGUGGCACCAACGGAAAUGAAGGGCUGGGCUUGUUGUCACUUUGCUUGGACUGGCAAUACAUUUCCGGAGGAGUAAAUCCUUUCGCCAUUCCUCUCAAGGCUCAGACUCAGUUUUCAAACUUGCUGGGUUAUAUUCUUUGCAUGGUCGUCUUCGUCGCUGUGUACUACAAGAACAUCUGGAAAGCGCAGAAUUUCCCUUUCCUGUCGCAAACCCUCUUCUACGAGAACGGCACGGUGUACGAUCAGUUGCUCAUAUUGAAUGACAAGUACGAGGUCGACCCCACCCUUCUUGCGGAACAAGGCCUUCCUUACUAUGCAUCCACGUGGGUUAUCCAAUUGCUCGGCACCAACCUUGGCCUCGCUGCAACCAUCACGCAUUUGCUGCUGUGGAACCGCGAUGACAUGAAAGGUGCCUGGGAGUGGAUGCGUCCCAGUGCCAUCAGGAAGUGGUGGACCUCGUUCAACUGGAGGUUCUGGCAAGACAAAGGAAUCAAGGUAGCGGAAGAAGACCCCGAGACGGACCCGCACUAUCGGGAGAUGCUCAAGUACCCUGACGCCCCGAAUAGUUGGUACUUCUUGACGCUCGUACUCUCAUUCAUGGUGGCCCUAAUUGUCAUCUACAAGACGGAUUCUACCUUGCCUUGGUGGGGAUUCAUCAUCGCUCUGCUUCUGGCCGCCAUCUCUGUCCUUUUCUUCUGUGCGCUGUACGCCAUUACAGGUUUCCCUUUUGCCAUCCAGCCGUUCGUCCAAAUGAUCGGCGGCUUCCUACAUCCCGGCAAACCGAUGGCGAACAUGUACUUCGUGUUGUACAGUUACAACUCCGUCUCGCAAGCACAGCUGCUCCUCAGGGAUCUUAAGAUAGCGCAGUACACCAAGCUACCUCCUCGAGCUGCGUUCGUGGCACAGCUCCUAGGCACCUUGAUUGGCUCGGUCCUGAAUUUUAUCCUGAUGAACUCCAUCAUCGACAAUCAGCGGCCCAUCCUUCUCUCGGUUGAGGGUACGAACGUCUGGUCAGGCCAACAGCCGCAGCAGUACAAUUCCCAGGCGGUGGCAUGGGGAGGCCUGAGCCAUCAACUAUUUGCUGCAGGCAAGCGCUAUCAGUGGGUCGCGUGGGCAUACCUGGUCGGUCUGGUCGUUCCUAUUCCCUUCUGGUAUGUGCACAAGAAAUGGCCGAAACUGAGAAUGGACUACCUGUACACGCCUGUGAUCUGCUACUAUAUCGGGUGGCUUUGCGUAGGGAUAAACUCGUCGAUCCUAUCGUACUUUGCGAUUGCGUGGUUCUCCCAGUGGUGGCUCCGGACGCGGUACCCUGGCUGGUUCGCGAAGUACAACUAUAUUCUUGGCGCUGCUCUCGAUGGCGGGACGCAGGUGAUGGUGUUCAUCUUGUCGUUUGCAGUGUUUGGAGCGGCAGGGUCCUCGCACCUGUUCCCGCAGUGGUGGGGCGCGAACCAGAACGGGAACUACGAUCGAUGCCUGUACAUCAACAGCUAG